AUGUCAGCUUGUCAGUCAGUUUCAUGUAUAUAGGUUUCUGCUGUCAGAUUAGAGCUAGAGUGUUUUUAAUUGUUUCUUAUAUUUACAAAUGAAAUUAAAACAAGAUCAUGUCGUCUGCACAUUUAUCAAGUGGUAGACUGAACAUUGGAUUAAUUCAAGAACAAGCGAGAAAACAGUUACUUUGUUUACUUGAAAAGUGUGAUGGGCCCAAAGCUAUUGUAUGGGAUGAAUCUCUUGGAGGACCUAUGGGCCUUGUUGCCAAAUAUGAUAUACUUGAGGAACAUGAAGUUAUUAAAAUGUAUCCAUUAGUAGGUGGGCGUUUACCACCUGCUGAUGUUACUAAUGUCAUUUUUAUUACAAGACCACAUUUGGAUCUCAUGGACUUGAUUGCUCAGAAUAUUCAUGGGGAAGAAGGAAACCGACAGCGUAAAGAGUUUCACAUAUUUUUUGUGCCUCGUAAGAGUUUACUCUGUAAAAAGAAAUUACAAAAUCGUGGUGUAUUCGGAAAUUUUACUCUAAUUGAAGAAUUUGCUUGUGAUCUUUUUCCUUUUGAUAAUGACUUGGUAUCUAUGGAAAUAAGCAGUGCUUACAGAGAAUUUUAUUUGGAAAAUGAUCCUACUUGCUUAUAUCAAGUUGCACAAGCAAUACAAAGUAUGCAAAAACUUUAUGGGAAAAUUUCUAGAGUUACUGGAAGGGGGCCUGCUGCUAGUAAAGUGUGGGAUCUUAUGCAAAGGUUGGACAGAGAAACAGAAGAUACAAAAGUUAAUAAUAUACAAGCACCCGUGAUUGAACACCUUCUUCUACUUGAUCGAUCAGUAGAUUUACUAUCACCUUUAGUGACACAAUUAACUUAUGAAGGAUUGAUAGAUGAAAUAUUUGGCAUUAACAACACGACAGUCAAGUUACCUGCUGAAAAAUUUUUAAGCUCUGAUGAAUCACCAACAGUCAUGUCUUUAGAGAAAAAGAAACAGCAGAUAAUACUUAAUUCAGGGGAAGAACUAUUCGCUGAAAUCAGGGACAAGAAUUUUAAUGGAGUUGGUCCAGUUCUCAGUAGAAAAGCAAAAGUGAUAUCAUCACAACUCGAUGAGAGGCAUGGAGAUAAAAGUGUACAGGAAAUUAAGCAAUUUGUAGCCAGGCUUCCUCACAUGUUGGCAACCAAGCAAUCUUUAGCUAAGCACACAACGAUAGCAGAGAUGAUUAAAGAAGUGACAGAUUCAACUAAUUUCUUGGAUACGUUACAAGUUGAGCAGGAGCUUUUAAAUUGUAUUGAUACAGAUAAACCUAAUUCCUACAUAGAAGACUUGAUAGCACAGCAAGAACCACUUUUGAAAGUUUUGAGACUUCUCUGCAUUCAAUCAAUAACGAAUUCUGGCUUGAAGCAAAAACUUCUUGACUACUAUAAAAGAGAAAUAAUACAAACAUAUGGUUUUCAGCAUUUACCCACAUUAUUGAACUUAGAAAAAGCUGGACUAUUGAAAGUUCAACAGUCUGUUAGGCAAUACACAGUACUAAGAAAAGCUUUAAGGCUGACAGUUGAAGAUGAAAGUGAAAUCGCACCAAAAGACAUAAGCUAUGUGCAUUCAAUAUAUGCUCCUCUAAGUGUUAGGCUUGCAGAACAAUUAGUGCAACCUGGAGGAUGGCAAGGACUAAAUGAUAUUCUUGGAUUACUGCCUGGACCUGCCAUAAGUAGUGUUUCUCAAAAAGCAGUUUCAACGGGAAGAAGAAAUUCAAUAACUAGUGAGGACUCUACUUCAGAGCCACCAAAACUCAUACUUGUAUUUUUCAUUGGAGGCUGUACAUAUGCAGAAAUUUCAGCUCUGAGAUUCCUUUCUCAACAAGAGGAUUCAAAUGUUGAAUUUGUAAUUGGCACAACAAAACUCAUAAAUGGAAACACUUUUCUAUCUUCGUUGAUGGAUGAAAUGCCAAACAGCUAAUUUUAGUCUAUAUUUUUGUUACGUUAUUUUGUAUUAUAUAUAAUAUAUAAUUGUAUAAAUAAAAAGUAAUAAUUAAAAUAA